AUGGAAAACAUCAUGACGUGCCCCCCAACUCGUGAUUCCAUUGCAAAAGAAGUUGAGAAAUGCGAAGAGUCGGUGAUUGACAUUCCUCCGGAAUGGCCAGAAUGCUGUAUCUACAGGAUUCCCAAGCAACUGCGCAUGGUAAAAGUAGAAGCCUACACCCCUAAGCUAGUCUCAAUAGGACCCUUUCAUCACAGGGCAGCUGAAUUGAAGGACAUGGAAAAGCACAAACAGAGAUAUUUGAAGCAUUUCUUAACACGGGCCUGGAAGAGUGAGGAGGAUCUUCUAAAGUUCAUCAAAGACAGGGAAGUAAAAAUCCGUCAUUCCUAUUCAGAAGACUGUGAACUCGAAAGUGGUAAUUUUGUGCAAAUGAUUCUAUUGGAUGCCAUCUUUAUAAUUGAGCUCUUUUUAAAGGUUACAGACAAUGAUGAGAAAGAGGCUAAGAGGAAAGAAGAAGAAGAUUGUAAAAAAGAAAGUGAUUACAUAUUAAGUAAACCAUGGCUAAAAGAAGGCAUACUACAUGAUUUGAUAUUACUUGAGAAUCAACUUCCUUUCUUUGUUCUUGAGGAAUUAUAUAUGUUCGCCUUGGGUGAAGUAGAAGGCCAACAAAUUAAGGAACACAAGCUGGAGGACCUGAAGAAAGAGGAUUCUCCAUUAUUUGUCAAGCUUUCUCGCAAUUGCUUUGGAUGCCUCAGCCAUCACCAAGAAGGCCAACAAAUUAAGGAACACAAAGAGGAUACUCCAUUUGUCGAGUGA